AUGUGUGUUUGUCAGCGAUGUCCCAUUCUGAAUAUCAAUAUAGAUGUCGGAAUGUUGCAAGAAAGCUUUGCAGCCGCCGCUAUCUCCGCUUUGGAGCCAUUCCUUGCCGGGGACAGGUAUAGAGCAGAAAUCACGAAAAAUUUUACCUGGCGACUUUCUUCGUCUCGUGGACAAGGAGCAGGAGUCUACUGCUGUGCAAAAAAUCACUCUGUGAAACAGUUGCCUUACUUUUUGAAGGAUCUUUCUAUCAGCAAUCGCAAUGGUAUUGACGUUCCGUGUGAAUCUACUGAUGAUAACAACGAUUUUAUACGGCGGAUAGGCGAUGUACUGGAUAGCAUUUCAGCUGGAAAUGUUGACGUUUCGACAAUGCAAGAGUUGAGUAAGAUUGUGGUGGACGAGAAAGCUUGCGAUGUUGAUAAAUUUGUCGAGUUAAUCGCUCGAAUAGUGUCAAUUAUGGAUUCUGUUGUUGCCUCUCCUCCGAAUACCGUUGCAGCAUUUUUUGCUAUGUUCGAAAACUUAUUCUGUUCUCUUUCGGAAGAAGUGAAGCGUCCAGUGAUGAAGGAGUUUUAUGAAGCAUGGCAUGUUAAAUAUGGAAAACUGCCCCUACUUGGCGAACACUUGAAAACUUUCGACACUGAUGUCACGGAAUGUGUGAACGGGAUAGCUUUCCUUUUAUCUUCUCAUAAAUCCUCUGCCAACAUUACUUCGACUGCUAAUGCAAACGCUGGACAAUAA